AUGGCUUCCCGCAUGUUCAUCAGAUCUAUGGCCUCAGCUGCCAAGUCCGUCAAGCCACCAGUGCAAUUGUUUGGUUUGGAAGGUACCUACGCUUCUGCUCUCUACAGUGCUGCUGCUAAGGACUCCUCUAUUGAGGCUGCUGGCAGAUCUUUGAAGAGUGUCACUUCUUUGUUGGGUGCUGACGCUAAGGUUGGUGAAAUUAUCGCUAACCCAGCUCUCUCUUUCGAAGACAGAAAAUUCGUUGUUGAAACUCUUUCCUCCAAGACCGUUGGUGACAAGUCUGUCACCAACUUGUUGAACGUCCUUGCCGAAAACAACAGAUUGAACUUGUUGCCAAGCGUUAUUAGCCAGUUCCAAGUUUUGGAAGAUGCCCACAACGGUAUUGUUGAAGCCGUCAUCACCUCUAGUAAGCCAUUGGAAUCCAAAUACUUGAGAAAGAUCCAAUCUGCCAUCUCUGGUUCUACAUUCGUCGGUGAAGGUAAGACUUUGAAGUUGGUUAACAAGAUUAACCCAGAAAUUUUGGGUGGGUUGAUUGUCGAAGUUGGUGACAGAACCGUUGACUUGUCUGUCAGUGGUAAGAUUACUAAGUACAACCAAAUCUUGAGUGAAGCCAUCUAA